UGCUCAAACUUAUCACCAAACUUAAUCUCCCGACAUUCAAAUGUGCAUGUUGACUGCGCAUGCGCAAAAGAGCAGGAGGCUCAGCUUCUCCACCGCGCGCUGUAAUCGCCAUAACUGGACCCGAGGAUAGCUACGGUUAGGGCUCGCAGAGUGCCUGUAGCUGGGUGAAUCAGGAUGGGAGACAAGCCGAUCUGGGAACAAAUAGGAUCCAGCUUUGUUCAACAUUACUAUCAACUGUUUGACACAGACAGAACUCAGCUUGGAUCAAUAUAUAUUGAUGCGUCAUGCCUUACGUGGGAAGGGCAGCAAUUCCAGGGAAAAGCAGCGAUUGUCGAGAAACUCUCUAGCCUGCCCUUCACAAAAAUAGCCCACAGCAUAACAGCACAAGAUCACCAGCCCACUCCUGAUAGCUGCAUAUUGAGUAUGGUAGUAGGACAACUAAAAGCAGAUGAUGAUCCCAUCAUGGGGUUCCAUCAGAGCUUCAUCCUGAAGAACAUUAAUGAUGCGUGGGUGUGCACCAACGACAUGUUCCGCCUAGCAAUCCACAAUUUUGGCUAAACAGCACCACAACUGUUGGGGGAAAUGGGGGAAGGUGGAGAACGGGGCACAUUGCCCCCCGUGAUGCCUGAACCUCAGUCUGCCCUUCAUUCAUCUUUGAGAUUCAGCACCGGAUUCCAAGAAGUCAAAUCACAGAUAACACACAGGCACAUAGUAGCGCCUCUGCUCCAGACAUGAGAAGCGUUUCUUUGCUGAAAGUCCACAGAUCCAUCAAAGCGACCCCUUUCCCCUUUGCUGAUGUGCAUGAUGAUGGCGAGCUCGAAUAUCAGAAGACACUGACCUGGGAAAAAAAAAAGACAUAUUAACAUAACGUCUGCCAGUUACUACUAUUUACAUUUUAGUUUUUGAGUUUGACUAUGAAUUAAUAACUCUCUUAACUGCCUUUCUUUGCUUUCGUACUUAAUGUUAUCUGCUUGCUUUUAGAGUUUGCUUAUUGGCACUUUUUUCUUCUUCUUCCUUUUCCCUUUUGAACAUUGGAGCCUCCAUUCAUUGUGAUGUCAGGUUGCUCUAGCUAUCCAAAGAAACGUUAAAAUAAACACCCCUACCCCAAAUCCCCCACACCUUCAGACCAGUGUGCUUCUCACCUUCUGCUCACUGCUCUCUGUGACAAUAAUUACCAAGCCACAAGACACAAUAAAACCUUUGACUUUUUCUUAACCAUGGCAUCAUCUUGUUCCUCUGACUGUCUGGUCUUACAUCUUUUUGCUUAUGUUUAACCAAUUUCUUAAUGCUGCUGGAAAUCAUUUUGACAAUAGCAUUCCUUAAUGAAGAAAAAGCCUUGAAGAAUCUGGUAAUCUUCAUCAAGGAUAAUUUGCCGAACUAGCAAAAUAAGCCAUUGGUACACUAUAUAUAAAACUUUUCUAAUGUAGUAAUGACUUACAUGUCACUGUAUUUGUUUUACAUGCAUUACAGGUAUAAAGUCAGCAGUAUUGGGAGUAUGUAACCUGCCUCCUCUUCUACAUAACCUGUAGUUAUUUAUCAAACGUGUUUUGUUCAAUAAUGAUAAAGGUCUAAAGAGGCAGAUAACAUUGUGGAGCUCUAAUGGGCUUUUGCCCUGGGAAAUGGUUCGUUCUUAUGAUUUUGCCAAGAAAAUAUUUGCCUAAAUGUAGGUGACGGUCAUUCUUUUAUUAUUGCAAGUUUUUUUUUUUUUU